ACAAUUAGCUAUUUGCGCAUUACUUAAAAUUAAAUAUCAAAUAAGAUAAGCUCACGCUCUAUGGACGAUCUCAAUCCGUUGGCUGGCACAGCGCAUCUGCUGGAGGAAGUGGAUAAGAAACUCAUGGUGCUGCUGAGGGAUGGAAGAACACUCAUUGGCUACUUGCGUUCCGUAGAUCAGUUCGCCAAUUUGGUACUGCAGCGGACCAUCGAGAGAAUACACGUUGGCAAUGAAUAUGGAGAUAUUCCGCGGGGAGUUUUCAUAAUACGCGGCGAGAAUGUUGUGCUCCUCGGGGAAAUUGAUCGUGAAAAGGAGCAGAAGUUGCCGUUGAAAGAGAUAUCGGUCGAUGCGAUUCUCGAUGCACAGCGUCGCGAGCAGGAGCAGCGACAGGAGAAGCACCGACUGGUGUCCAAGGCGCUUAAGGAGCGCGGCCUGGCCGUCAAUGCGGACAUCAUCAAUGAGGACUUUUGCUAGGGCAACAUAGCACAUAGUUACUUUACCAUUAAGAUUAAAGAGAGAUUCAUAUUGAUUUUUUGUCACUUGUAUAUUUGUACUCCAUAAAAAUCUAUUUAAAAACUA